CAGAUGCCAGGUAGAUUCAUUUUCCAAAAUGGUGAAAGAUAAGCUACUAACGCUUGAUCACAAACAGCAACUAGAAAAAGAAUGACUGUCUGUUUUUAACCAGAUGCUGCUGAGGCUAGGAGAUCAGAAGUUCAGUAAAAACAAAGCAUCCCCUGAAUAUGAUGGAGAAAUUGAAGCAUUGCUUAAGCCUCUGAAAAACUCUGAGCAUCUGCAAAAAAGAGUACAUUAUCUUGAGAAUGAAAAUCUACAUCUCAUGAACAAGGUCAAACCUCUUGCUGAUUCUGUACAGUCUUUGAAAGAAAAAAUAUCAAAAUAUGAUGUGAAAAUUAAGGACUUCACUAAAGAAGAGAGAAGUAUGCAAACUCAGUUGGUUAAAUCACCAGAAGGCAAUAAGGGAUGCGUUAAGGAAAUAAAGAGUCUGAUAAGAAAAUAUAAAGAACUCCAGAACCAGAAAAUCAUCCUUGAAAAGAAAAAGAAUGAACACUACAAUAGAAACAAAGACACAACACAGGCACUACAUGAUUUUCAGAUUAGGAACAAGAAAUUAGAAGAAAAGAUGACUGUUGGUACUUGCAAAAAAUGGAGGCUCAAUGCAAUGCUAGAGUCCUUGAAACACAAAUGCUCCAAUUCACAAGAAACAAAUAAAAAACUUGCUCAGCUUACAGAAGAAAAGAGCUCCCUAGAGCAAGAGCUUGAAGGAAAGCAGAGUGAAAUAAAACAAAUGAAAGAAAAAGAAACUGCAACAAAAUCUGAACUGGAGACUCAUCUUCAAUUAAUGCAAACAUUUGCAGAGAAAAAACUUAAUCUUGAAAUGACUCUGCAGGAAUGUUCUAAUACUAAACAAAUGCUGCUGAAGGACACUGAGGAAGUCCAGACAGGUGAAGUGCAUACAGAAAAGAAACUCAUGACUGAACCCAGAAAUGCAAAAGCAGACACUGAUCUUUUAAAAUAUAACUUGACCGCUGCAAACACAGAAUAUAAGAGGUUAUCAACAGUAGUAACAAACAUCACAGAGGAAAAUCAGCUACUGAAGAGAGAACUGAAUGAAUACAGACAAUACGCUUCCAAGUAUGAAAAUGACAUUAGAAAACUGUCUAAAGAAUGCUUACUAUUAGAAAAUCAACUGUGGACUAUUGAAAAUGAGAGAGAUGUAGCACAGCUUGAAUUCCACCGUUUGCAUAAGGAUUAUGUUUAUCUCCGAGGCCAAGCUACAGCUUUAGCACGGGCACAAAAGAAACCCAAUCUCAGUUCUGGCACCACGAAGAAUAACUGUUAUUCUGAACAUUCCACUACAACUUGUAAAGAAAUUCCUUUGGAUUGCCUUUCACAAGGGAAUGAAAAGAUAACUAAAAUACAGAAGAAAAUACGACAGGAAGAACUGAAGAGGUGGAAGGAAGAGCAAGGAAAAGAAAAUAAAAACUUCAGAGCAGUCUUCAUCAGCUGCACUACAUCAGAACAGCAGUUAGAAGUACCAUGUAGUCCAAUCUGUCUAGGAGGGCUAAAUCUGCAGAGUUCAUAAGUGAACAUAAUAUAUUGUCCUGAUAACCUGUACAAAGACACCUAACACCAGUAUCAAUAUCAUUAUCUUAUACAGCAUGUUUAAAAAAAAAAAAAAAAAAGGAAUUCUGUUACAGGUCUUUGGAUAAAGAAAACAUCAAAAUUAUUGUACAGAUUACAGUACAGUAUUUUAAAAUAUUGUGCCCUCUUGAUCUAAAAGCAUGGGGUUUUAUGCCUUAAUAAAUGCUGGAAGACCUGGUCAACAACUCUUUAUUUUUGUUUUCUUCAAUGUUAGGAAAUGUGAGACCUA